AUGGGCGAGCACCCCAGCCCGGCCCCCGCGGUGGCAGCCUGUGCCGAGGCGGAGCGCAUCGAGGAGCUGGAGCCCGAGUCCGAGCCUGAGCCGGAGCCCAAGCCCGAGCCCGAGGAGGCGCUGCCCAUGGCCCCCGAGGACCACUGGAAAGUCCUGUUUGAUCAGUUUGACCCUGGGAACACCGGCUACAUCAGCACAGGCAAGUUCCGGAGCCUCUUAGAAAGCCACGGGUCCGAGCUGGACCCACAUAAGAGAGAGGUGCUCCUGGCCCUCGCAGACAGCCAUUCGGAUGGACACAUCUGCUAUCAGGAUUUCGUCAACCUGAUGAGCAACAAACGGUCCAACAGCUUUCGCCAGGCCAUCCUACAAGGUAACCGGCGCCUGUGCAGCAAGGCAUUGCUGGAGGAAAAAGGAUUGAGUCUCUCCCAGCGGCUGAUCCGCCAUGUUGCCUAUGAGACCCUACCUCGUGAAAUUGAUCGCAAGUGGUACUAUGACAGCUACACCUGCUGCCCCCCGCCCUGGUUCAUGAUUGCCAUCACUGUCCUGGAGAUUGCCUUUUUUCUCUACAACGGGGUAGCCUUGGAUCAGUUUGUGCUGCAGGUCACCCACCCCCACUACCUGAAGAAUGCUUUAGUUUAUCACCCCCAGCUCCGAGCCCAGGCCUGGCGCUACCUGACCUACAUCUUCAUGCACGCAGGGAUAGAACACCUAGGUCUCAACGUGGUCCUGCAGCUUCUGGUGGGUGUCCCAUUAGAGAUGGUGCAUGGAGCUGCACGUAUUGGGUUCGUCUAUGUGGCCGGUGUUGUGGCAGGUUCUUUGGCAGUGUCUGUGGCUGACAUGACUGCCCCGGUCGUUGGCUCCUCUGGAGGGGUCUAUGCACUUGUCUCUGCCCACCUGGCCAACAUUGUGAUGAACUGGUCAGGAAUGGAGUGUCAGUUCAAGCUGCUGAGGAUGGCCGUGGCCUUGAUCUGUAUGAGCAUGGAGUUUGGCAGGGCCGUCUGGCUGCGCUUCCACCCAUCAGCAUACCCUCCGUGCCCACACCCUAGCUUCGUGGCCCACCUGGGUGGUGUGGCAGUGGGCAUCACCUUGGGUGUGGUGGUCCUAAGGAACUAUGAGCAGAGACUCCAGGACCAGUCCCUGUGGUGGAUCUUCGUGGCCAUUUAUACAGUCUUCGUGUUGUUUGCAGUCUUCUGGAAUGUCUUUGCCUACAGCUUACUGGACCUCCGGCUGCCCCCUCCUCCAUGA